GUGUCACCAGCGGGAUUCGCCCACAUGACAUCCCUGCUGCUGCCCCUAACCGCCAAUCGAAUGCUGCUCAUUCUUGAAGGAGGGUACAACCUCCUCUCCAUUGCCUCCUCAACUGCUGCUGUGAUUCGAGUCCUUCUGAACCAACCCCCUCCGCCCAUCAGUGCACCCUUCACCCCGUCACCUCCAGCCAUGGCUGCCAUUCUCCUAGCAUCUGCUGCCCUUCGCCCUUUUUGGAAGGACGCAGCAGCAGCAGCAGCAGCAGCAGCAGCAGCAGCAGCAGCAGCAGCAGCAGCAGCAGCAGCAGCAGCAGCAGCAGCAGCGAGAGCACGUGAGACGGAGAGUGUGGGGCAGGGCACGAAGGGGGAGGGCGGGCAGGGUGCAAGCGCAAGCGCGAGGCCAAUGGCAGCAGGUGCGGGUGCGAGUGGGGAUUCGCUCGUUCCCCUCGUGGUGGGUGCUGCGCCGCGUGCACAUGCCGUGGCAUCUGAGCCUGCUCAACAGUAA